AGGGCCCAUAUGGUGGUAUAGUGGCAUUAAGAUAUAUAUAUAUAUAUUAUUUUGAAAUGUUAGCAAUUGUGCAGCUGGAAAAAUAUUUGGAAUACCACUUCGUGGAACACAUUCCCAUGCUUUUGUUAGCUCAUUCAUGAGAACUGAUGAGAUUAUAGAUAAGUCUCUAAAAAGUCAUGAUGGAUCUCAAGUAUGUGAGGAUUUUGUUGGUGCUUCUCAGACCUGGUUAAGCAAAAUAAAGAGAUGUUGCAGAAAUGAAGGACCUUGGAGAAGAUUCAGCAUAAGUGACUGCUUAGGUGGACUACCUAAUGACUUCUUUGCUUCAUUUCGCAAGUCAACCUGGCAUCAAAAACUAAACAUGACAUUCUUGGUGAGAAGAUUCAGCAUAGGGACAAAAAGUGACCUCUCGAAGAUCAUGCUGUCUCAGAGUGGCAUCCUCGCUGGCACUCCAGAUAACAUUUGGAUUACUAGGUUACUAGCAGUAUUAAUAUUUUAG